CAACAACUUCCAUUCCUUGAACACAUAUUCCAAAAACAAAAAUCUUCAUGUCUUCUUCCACGUUCUAAUUUCAAAACCCUGUGUAGCCCCAAAAUGCCGCCCAAAACCACCAAGCGUGCGACGAAAGCACUCCCCAAAGCCUCAUCAGCCAUUCCAGACCCAUUCACACCUGUGCCAACCGAAAUCCUGCCCCUCCUCGACACCCUCGACAAGGAAAUUGUCUACAUCACACAUAUAGACCACCAUCCAGCUUGGUUUAAAAAGCGCGUGUUUUUCGUUCCCGUCGGCCUCAACGUCACAAUUGGAUUGGUUUUAUUAUGGAGAGCAUACGCGGCAUCUCCGUGGUACUGGUCGAUCCUGAUGUCCUUCCUGGGCAACCACAAUGAGACGACGAUAUAUUUCGCAAGCACACCUUGGCUACAACUCAUAUGGAUGGUUUUGGUACGGAGUUCCGUGUUUCUGGUCGACUUCAUACUGUUCCGCAUAAUUGGGCCUUGGCCCUGGGGUUUCUUCUUUGAGAGCCCAGGAAACCCUAUCAGCUGGCGGUUCAAAACUGGUUUCAGGGACGAGGAGGUAUAUGUGAGGGAGAGUAGGGGCUGGGGUGCAAGAGAUUUGCUCGGAGAGGCGGAAGGAAGUUCGGGAAGAGCUGGAUCGGAAAGUCCUUUCUUCAAGACAAGGAUUUUGCCUGCUGUGGAAACACGGAGACUUGCAGAAAAGACGGGUUAUAUGUUGAUGGAUAAAGACUUCGACCUGAGCUUUGCGGCCAUGACGAAGGCAGCGCAAAUGAUCGACAGGAAAGAAAUUACUCUGGAUAACGUACAGAAGAGUGUAUUCGUCUGGGUUGGUAGUCAAGAGACUGGGCAGUGGACUGUAUGGGACUGCUGGAAGCUUGAUGGUGGCUCAGAGACCGAGGCCAGGAAGAAGAUCAUGAUAUUCAAAGACCGUUUGACAGCUAUGGGCAAGGAGAGUCUCUUCUUCCGAUGGGUCGAGUUGAUACAAUUCGAGAGCAGUGCACCCGGCGGUUUCACCCAAGAACGACAAAUCGAAGCUGCUAAUAAGGCGAAGAAGCUUUUCGAGGACGAGGGUAUAGAUUUCGAUACAUUCAUCAAAGAGAUUGGAGGGUUGGAUGGUCUGCCAGGCAUGGAAUAGGGCUAGGGAGAGCCAGUACAUUCUAAAAUUUCAGAUACCCAAUUCGUCUUAUAGACAGGACACCAAAUUUCAAAAACGGCUGGCUGCAACAGUUUCGCCAGAAAUGGAUUGAACUACAUUAUGAUUGCGACUUUUCCUUGGGCUUAAUAUGCCUCGAUGCGUAUUCAAUGGCUGCCUCAUAGCCAUACACUCCCAACCCGCAAAUUACAGCCUCUGCUUUAUCGCUCAAAUAGCUGUGAUGCCUAAACGCCUCCCUUUUGUGUACAUUGCUUAUGUGUAUCUCCACAAACGGGAUAUCGACGCCCAGCAAUGCGUCCCGAAUCGCCACGCUUGUAUGUGUAAAUGCGCCCGGGUUGAUGACAAUGGCGUCA